AUAAGGGAAUAUGUGAAUACCACAAACAGUUAAGCUUCAGCAUUGCAAAGUUGUACGAUCAAAAUGGGCGUGAUAUUUUGUGCUUUUUUGCUGGCAAUGCAAUUGACAUUUAUUCAAUUGGCAAUACCCCGUCCGUAUAUAAAAUGUAGUGUCUGGGACUCUGGCUGCCUAACCAGACAGGCUCAAAUAAAAGUGCCCGCCCUUACAUCUGGAAUACCAGAGCUCUUCACCGAAACAUUGGAUCCCAUGCUAGUGAACUUUGCUCGUGUGGACCUCGCCGGUUUAAAAAUGGAUUUAAGCAAUGCUGUCAUUCAAGGAUUCAGGAACGCUGUUAUUGAUAGAAUUAAUAUUGACACAGUAUCGCGACAAAUACAAUUAGUGUACCAUACCGAUCUUGCGAUGAAAGCCCGGUAUAGUGCUCAAGGAAGUAUCCUGAAUUUGCCAUUUAAUGGAGAUGGAGAAGCUGUAAUAUCAGCAAAAAAAGUGCAAAUGGAGUACCGAAUGCCGUUUGAAAUAUCAAAAGACGCUUUUGGCAGAGAUGUAAUUGAUUUGAAGAGACUCCAAUACUGGUUCGACGUUAAGGACAAUGUGCGAUUUGACUACACUAACUUGUUCUAUGGCAACAAGGGACAGAGUGAUUUAAUGCAUCAAUUCCUGAAUACAAACUGGAAAUCAGUUGCAUUAACCUACGGACGACCAGUAUUUGACGUGCUGAAUAUGAAAAUCUUCAACGCAAUUAGAUCAUAUCUUCUUUCGCAGCCAAUUGAAGAAAUAUUUCUAAAUUAAAUUAUAGAAUUAUGAAUUUUUGCACUUAAAUAAGUAUGCACCAGAAACAUAUACUUUUACUAACUUUUAAUUCAAAUAUGUUUGCAAAUAAGCUUCAAGUUCAAAAAUUAAAAUAAAAAAAAAAGACUUCAAAAUAUUU